AUGUCUGUGAGGUCUGACGACAAUGACGACGACUUGAAGUUGCUUUUUGAUACCUCCUACGACGCGACUGGGAGCCCAUCACCAGAGCAAGAGCCAGCCAUAACCAACCUCAAGACUCUUCAAGCCGACUUUGAGUCUGUUUUAACCGACAUCCAAUCUCUUGCAAACGAUAUCACGGCUCCCGUAAUCAACGCUAAGGCCCGCACGAUGAACACCAAGGCUUCUCAGGCCUGUCUCGCAGAUAAUAACACACACCAAAGCCA